UGUCGGUGUUCGCGGUGGGUUUGUCAGGUUUUCAUUCCUCGAAAGUACUAACGAUAAGCGGCAGUAGAGAGCAGCAAGCGGAUCAGCGACGUGAAGGAAGAGGCGAGGCGAAGCGACACACGCGGUCACCGACCAAAAUUAUCGCGUGUACUUGUCAAUCGAGAAUUUUAACAUCCAGAGACACCGACAUGGCAGUGGACAGGAUAGAUCUGGAUAAGCCGCUUUGGGAUUUGAGCACUUUCGCUGGACGAUGGAAGCAUUUUGCUUGGGUAACGGAUUUCAGGACUUGUACCACCUCCAGCGAGCAACUCCUGGCGGCAAAGGAGCUGUGCGAACAAUACAGAGUGGGCAAGGAACCCGCCGGGACGAGCAGUGAGCAAAUAAUUUACGCAAAAAAACUCUACGAGUCGGCGUUUCACCCGGACACUGGGGACCUGCAAAAUGUAUUUGGAAGAAUGUCUUUCCAGGUACCCGGAGGCAUGGCCAUCACCGGAGCUAUGCUCCAAUUUUAUAGAACAACGACGGCGGUUGUCUUUUGGCAAUGGGUAAACCAGUCCUUUAACGCCCUGGUGAACUACACGAACCGAAAUGCGAACAGCCCUGUGAGCACCACUCAGCUAUGCACGGCGUACUUCAGCGCGACGGCCGCCGCGAUGAUAACAGCAAUAGGAUGCAAAUCUUACUGGCAGAAUAGGGCGAACCCUCUGAUGGCCAGAUACGUCCCAUUCGCUGCUGUGGCCGCGGCAAACUGCGCGAAUAUUCCAUUGAUGAGGCAAGUCGAGAUCGCAAACGGCGUUGACGUCUGCGACGAGAACGGUAACAAGCUAACAAAAUCUAAGAUCGCUGCAGUCAAGGGUAUCAGUCAAGUAACUUUUUCAAGGAUCGUCAUGUGCGCCCCAGGAAUGCUGAUUCUUCCCCCAAUUAUGGCGAAGCUGGAAACGUAUGGCUGGAUGCAGAGAAUUAAACCCCUUCAUGCACCAAUUCAAAUUAUGCUAGUCGGAUGUUUCCUAACAUUCAUGGUUCCAACUGCGUGCGCUCUGUUCCCACAAAACUGCUCCAUUGCGGUGAGCACUAUUCAAAACUGGGAGCCAGAGAAUUACGAGAUAUUGAAGAAGAAUUGCAAGGAUGGAAAAGUACCAAAGUUCCUGUACUUCAACAAGGGAUUAUAAGUAUUUUCAUUGGCGUAUCGACGUAGCCACGUGGAAACGGAACGAUGCUUUCCAAUGAGUUUUCGCUACGAAUCAGGCGAGAUUUCUUCAAAGCUGAAUCAAUAGAAUAUAAUAUGGAAAAGCAGAAUCUCAUAAAAUAUACAAUAUUAUUAUAUACAAAAUUAGUUACGCGAUUAGAGACUGGAAACCCAAAUUUCUUAACGGUUUCAAGAAAAUUAAAUUUAUUAAAUACUGAGUUGAUAAUGUGACGGUGACAAUACUCAGGUUAGGUUGUUCAGAUCAUAUGAAGAAUAUUAAUGCGGUAGUAUGAUAGGGGCGAUGAUUAUUUAGCAAUAAUUGAUGGUCGUCAUCCACAAAGAUGAUGAAACGUAUUAGUUAGCAAUAUUAAAAUAUCAGCUGUGAUUAUUUUCUCAUGUCUUCAUUACGCAUUAUGGAAUGCGAUAUGCUUACGCAUUGGCAAAUUUCUCAUUCAAUAUUUUUAACAUCAAACACGACAUACCUGUAUAUACAUAUAUAAGAGUAUACAUACUUUGUUAAUGAUCAUAUCAAUAAAUGCGUUUGACC